AUGUUGAAAGGUCUUGGUCUCUCCCCAUCUUCCACCUUGGUGUUGUGCGUAGGUGAGGUGCAUAGCCAGCACAACAACAACUCUCGCGGUUCCUGCCCAUCGUGCUCGAUCUCCAUUCUUUUGCAGUACACAGACAUGGAAACAAACUCCAUAAGCGACGACGCCUCCUUCAGGCGACAAGAAUGCUGGAAGCAGGCGCUCGAGAUAUUCAACACGAAACUUACCAAGGACCAGGGGAAGCGCAUCGAUAUUCCACAGGAUGGGCUGGCGGGAGACGAGCUGUCUGCCAUCAUAAACCAGGCGCAAGCCAUGAGGACACAGGCGGCUGGGAGACAAUCCAAGCUGUGGGUGCACGUGGAACACCUGAUCCAUAUUUUGUCACAGUACAAGAAGACUGUCGACGUCAUGAUACAGCACGAUCCAGUCGGGACGUCUCUCGUAUGGGGGGCGAUCCGGACGUUGCUCGUGCUGGCUGAUAUGUCCGAAAAGAUUGCAGAGAAGGAAAUGGCCGUCUUUGACGAGAUUGGCCAUGCCAUGACUACGAUGCUGAACAGCAUGCACCGCUGGGACAAAUAUCUCGGCAUAUAUACGCAGUCGCCCCGGAUUUCCUCAGCCAUCGCUUACAUCUUGGCUCAAUGCAUUAACUUUUCGAUCCGGGCAGCAGAGUACUACAAAUCUGGGCGGUUCACUCACUACCUCAAGGCUGCGGUGAGCCCGAAACGAGACAAGAUCCAACGGAUCAUCGACGACAUUCGCGAAAAAUCGGACGAUCUCGAGAAAGAAUUGUCUAUGGAGUCGGGCAUAGCUCAAUCAAGGCAAGGUGUGGCUCUGGAUAAGAUAUACGCCGUGGCAACGAUCAUUAACGAGGACCAUAUUUCAUGGCAGAUGGGCCACCGGUGUCGCAUUGCCCUGGAGUGGUUAGAGAAGCUGGCCCCGGCCAAGUCCCAGCCAGACGACAGCUGGGAGGAGGGAACUUGUGAAUGGAUCCUGGAGAAUGAGGUCUGGAAGAAGUGUAGCGGCAAAUCGAUACUUGCCAAAUAUCUCGGGCGCCGCAUGCAGCAGCACAAGCCUGCAGUUCUGACUCACUUCUUCCGCAAGACGGAUGGCAACUCUCAGACGAGGGCGGCAGCCGUGUGCACGUCCAUCCUGGUGCAGGCAAUACGACAGCACGCAGAGGCUUUCAACGGCGGUGCUAGGAAGCUCGAUUCCAUACUAAAGCAGCAUGUCGAGCCUCUCACGAGACGGUACAGGUUCCACGACGAGUGUUCGUUCGACGAGUUGUGGGAGCCUGUGGAGGCGGUGCUUGAGGCACUGCCAGACUCAGUGCUGAUAAUCGACGCCGUGGACGAGUGUCGGGAGGACAAGGCGUCAGAGAAGCUGAUGAACGACCUGAAGACGCUCGGUCGGUCAUUUUCCAGCCGGGCUAUUGUCUUUGCCAGGGGUCACUACUCGGACUACUCGGAGUAUCGUCACCACAAAUGUCUGGCAGAGACUAUCGAGAUGGACAAGGACGUCAUCAACAGAGACAUACUGCACUUCGUCAAGCGCGAGGUGCAGCGGAACAUGUGCCUGGUCGCCAUGGAGACCCAGCUGCUGGUCAAGAUCCAAAAGGAGGCGCGCGGCAUGUUCCUGUGGGCCAAGAUGAUGCUCAAGUAUAUCAAGGCCGCGCCCACCAGGACAGAACAGUGCAGCCGCCUGCACCGGUUCCCCCCGGGUCUGAGCGCCAUGUACGCGGCUUUGCUGAGGGACAAGGGCUCGGUUCUCAACGAAUACCAGCGCCUCAUUAGGAGGAAUAUAUUCAUGUUGACAGCGGGGGCCGUCCGCCCCUUCUCGAUCGCAGAAAUGGUGGUCGCCUUAAAGACGAAGUCCCCCCACGCUUACAGCGCCCUGGACUGGCUACAGGAACCGGCGGCCACGAUCAACGAGUGUUGCUGGCCGCUGAUCGACCUCAGAGAUGGCAAGGUACGCUUCAUCCACGCGUCCGUCCCGGAGUUCCUCACUUCCGGCCACCGUGGAGACGCCAGCAUCGAGAAAGAUGUGGCCAAGGGCCUUAUUCCGGCCCCGAUGAACCACGACGAGAUACACUUUUCCCUGUCACGAAUCUGCCUGUCCGAACUGACGCGGCGGCUGUACUCCGAGCCCAGACUGAUCUAUAGUGUCCUCGAGCACAACAUCCUCACGGCCGACUCUACAGCGCCACAUACGGAACCCAGUUUCAUUCACGAGCUCGGCGGCUUUUACGACUACGCGGCUUCCUCUUGGCACCACCACCUACUGCAGCAGAGGAAUGGCACCCCAUUCAUGCUGUGGGCCGAGUACGUGUACUACAGACGGGGCAUCUCAGACCUGACGCCCAUCAUCAUGAUCCGGGCCAAGAUACAGGAAUGGACAAACGCCUCAUCCCUGAGUCCCGAUCAUCUGGGAAGGAGAAUGCUCGACAAUUUCCUGCUAGCUUCUUACAAGGCCGCACUCGAUCCCAGCUUUGUCGCGGAAGGCUCUCUGCUGCCGCUCUCGCACCUAGUGCACUACCGCAUUGCCCUCUUCCUCAACAUCACGGGCACCGAUACGGGUAAGCUGUACGCCAUCAGGAGAAGCCUGGUGAGCCAGGUACAGCCGUUUCUCGGGGCCGGGCACGCCUUUGUGCGCCGGUGCGUCGUCGACUGGGCCAUGGAGGAGAUCAACAACAUGCACUUUGACGAGGCGGCGCGGCUCCUCCAGAGGCUAGAGGCGCAGGACUGGGGAAACCCCCCAGCGGCCUCAACCCACGCACACUUGGAGUACUACGCCAAGUCCCAUCUAGGCCUGGCAAUGUACCACAUGAUAGACCUCGACGGGUCCAUACGGUGGCAGUCGCACGCAUACAAGGGGCUGACGAGAUUCCUGGGCCCGGACCAUCAGGACACGCUGAAGAGCGGCAUGUACCUAGCCCAGGCCCUGCAGGCGCAGGGGAAGCUGCGCGACGCCCUCAAUAUCUACGGGUUUAUCACCUGCACCUGGGCGAAGCUCACGUCCGAGGACCACGCCAUGUCGCAGAUGGGUUCGUCCACGUGCCUACGCCGGCUGGGCCUCGUCGAGGACGCUAAACGCAUCGGCCUGGAGACCUUGGCCUACCGCCGGCGCGUCCUGGGAUCGGAUAACAACACCGUCGUGAUGGACUCGCUCCUCAACCUCGUCCUCAUAUACCGUCAGAUGGGGGAUCUCGACAGCGCAGAGCAGUACGUGGAAUUUGCCAAGGAUAUCGGGCCUGGUCACUGCGCGCGCGCCCGGUGGUCCCAGCUCACCCGGUUCCGCGCCAUGCUCCUGGCCGACAGAGGCGAGCUGAACCAGGCCAUCGACAUGCUCCGGGACCUCAUCCACGCCGCCCUGCAUGUAGAUUCGAUGUCGCCAUCGCGGCUAGAGACGGAAGGUGACAGCGGUCGCGACGGUCGUGAUAUCCUCUGGGCACGCCACGAUCUGGCCAUACUCCUCCGCGAGGCCGGCAGACCCGAAGAGGCGAGCCUGGUAUUCAGGGGUCUGGUCGAGAUAGAUCUUGACGGUUCCGCUCUUGCCCCCGGCGUCAACUGCGUGGCCGAGGCCGAAACGCGCUCAGACGUCAUCGUCGAGACAGGAGCGCCAACGAUUCUCUCUGUUGCGGAAGAGGCGACACGCAUACUCCUGAAGGAGAGGGAUCUCCCAAGCGCGCAAAAGCUGUGGCGUCGCCACGGUUUUCGCUGGACGGUUGAGUCGAGGUACUGGAUCCUUCCUGGGGGGCCGUAUAUUGAGUAG